AUGGCUGCAGACAGAAGUGAAGCUGUCGUCAUUUCUGGAAAGAAGCUUGCCCAGCAGAUCAAGCAAGAAGUGCGGCAGGAGGUGGAACAGUGGGUGGCAUCAGGCAACAAGCGGCCACACCUGAGUGUGGUUCUGGUCGGCGAGAACCCUGCUAGUCACUCCUACGUCCUCAACAAGGCCAGGGCCGCUGCAGAUGUGGGAAUCAGCAGUGAAACCAUCUUGAAGUCCGCUUCAAUUUCCGAGGAAGAGCUGCUGGACUUAAUCAAUAAACUGAACGGCGAUGACAGUGUAGAUGGCCUCCUUGUGCAGCUUCCUCUCCCAGGGGAUGCCACUGUGACAAUAUGCCAUCGGCACACUCCCAAAGAGCAGCUGAAGAAACACACCAUUCUUGCAGACAUUGUAGUGUCUGCUGCAGGCAUUCCGAAUCUGAUCACAGCAGACAUGAUCAAGGAAGGAGCAGCUGUGAUUGAUGUUGGAAUAAAUAGAGUUCAAGAUCCCAUAACUGCUAAACCCAAGUUAGUUGGAGAUGUGGAUUUCGAAGGAGUGAGGAAGAAAGCCGGGUACAUCACUCCGGUCCCCGGCGGUGUGGGCCCCAUGACAGUGGCGAUGCUCAUGAAGAACACCAUCAUCGCUGCCAAAAAGCUGCUGAGACCGGAGGAAUCGGAAGUGAAGUCGAAAGAGCGUGGAGUCGCAUCCAACUAAGGAUUGUAGCUUCUGCGUCACCAACAGCUUCCAAGCCAGCACACGAGGCAAAACAAGCCAAUAGUAAAUGCAAUAUUCUUAUUUAUUGGACUGAGAUGGUGCGAAACGAUACUUUGUAUUUAUUGAGAGCUUCAGUGGGUGGGCUUUUGCACAGGUAACAGAAGUUCCUUAUAGGGGAGCACUCCGUUGUGCUAGGUCUUAGGGUCUAGCCAAGAGCUACCAUUAACUGAGUGAUUUAUCACGGGGGGCAUUGUCUCAUGGAGAAUGGGUGCUGAACUCUGCCCUGCCACUUCAGUUGUUAACAUUGGCCUUUUCUAGAGUGACUUUUCCUAAGUGCUACUCCAAUCAGAACCGAUAGUUUAGGUUUCCAACCUACUGAUAGUUUAGGUUUCCAACCUACUGAGUUCAGCCGGUCAAACCAAAGGGGAGAUGUUGAUAGAGAACACUGGUAAAAGUAAAACACAAAUAAAAAGGAGACAUGAUAGUCAUUGGGCAUUUUCUUUAGAAGUGCCUGGGUGUGUAUGUGUAUUCAUUGGUAACCAGGCUUAUCUGAAAAAAAUAGAAUUGGGUAGGAAUGAAGGAAAGCUACCUGCCAAUUUACUCCUCAGCUGUCAUACAGAGGGUUAACCGUCACUCACGUGACAGUGCUUGGGGAGGGUCUCUGUUACAGCUCUUGUCUUGUGUCUGGUACCAUUCAGUGAACUGUCCCAUGUUAGUUUUCCAGAGCUUGAGAAACUUACUAUUUUAUAACUUAUUCAUGUGUGUUGUCAUCUUUGGCUCUGGCUAUAUCUUUACACUUUAUUGUUACUUUUUUAUACUACUAAAGGGUAUCUAUGUGUUUUCUUGUUUAUCUUGAAACCUAUUUUUGGAAGACAAAACUGAUACAGAGUUGGGUGUGGUGAUCAUUAGGCAGCAUAUGUUCCAAGUAUGUAACUUACCUUUCCACCAAAGCGUUGUCCAGUAGUUGUCUGGGUUUCUCCGAUGUACCUGCUGGCUUACUAGAAAGGCUUUUAAGAGCUUGAGUUCAUCAUUGAAGGAAACCAGACUGCGAUGAAAGCAUUUUAAAUUAUUUUUUUAAAUAAAACACUUAUGUCUGGUAUGGAAUGUGUCUCUGAAA